GGCGCGCGCAAGAGUGACGCGACUGCGCGCGCGGGGCGGGGCCGGGCUGGGCCGUGGCGCUGGCGGCUCCGAGAGUUUAGCGCGACUCCAGCCCGUGGCCCCGCCGCCAUGAGCACCAAGCAGGUCACCUGCAGGUAUUUUAUGCAUGGUGUGUGUCGCGAAGGCAGCCAGUGCCUGUUCUCCCAUGACUUGGCGAACAGCAAGCCCUCCACCAUCUGCAAGUACUACCAGAAGGGCUACUGCGCCUAUGGUGCACGCUGCAGAUAUGAUCAUACAAAGCCCCCGGCUGCAGCAGGUGGAGCUGUGGGCCCUGCACCCCACUCUUUGCCCUCCUCAAGCUUGCCCAGUCCUCACCCUUCUCCUGACAUCGCCACAUCUGUUAGGAGGACGCAUUUGCACGAACCGGGGAAGCGGGAGAAGAAGACACUGGUGCUCAGAGACCGCAAUCUCACUGGCCUGGCUGAAGAGAAGACUCUCCCGAGCACAGUGACUAAUCCAGGUGGCUGCAGUGACCCUCAGACCAGCCCAGAGAUGAAGCCCCAUUCCUACCUAGAUGCCAUCAGGAGUGGCCUAGAUGACUUGGAGGCCAGCAGCUCCUACAGCAGUGAGCCGCAGUUGUGCCCCUAUGCUGCUGCUGGGGAGUGCCGGUUUGGAGAUGCCUGUGUCUACCUGCAUGGGGACAUGUGUGAGAUCUGCAGGCUUCAAGUCCUGCACCCCUUUGACCCAGAACAAAGGAAAGCUCAUGAGAAGAUGUGUAUGUCGACAUUUGAGCACGAGAUGGAAAAGGCUUUUGCCUUCCAGGCGAGCCAGGACAAAGUGUGCAGUAUCUGUAUGGAGGUGAUCUUGGAGAAGGCGUCUGCUUCUGAGAGGAGGUUUGGCAUUCUCUCCAGCUGCAGUCACACCUACUGCCUUUCCUGCAUCCGCCAAUGGAGAUGCGCCAAACAGUUUGAAAACCCGAUCAUAAAGUCUUGUCCAGAGUGCCGUGUGAUAUCCGAGUUUGUAAUUCCAAGUGUGUACUGGGUAGAAGAUCAGAAUAAAAAAAAUGAGUUGAUUGAAGCUUUCAAACAGGGAAUGGGGAAAAAGGCAUGUAAAUACUUUGAACAAGGCAAGGGGACCUGUCCCUUUGGAAGCAAGUGCCUUUACCGCCAUGCUUACCCUGAUGGGCGGCUGGCAGAGCCAGAGAAACCUCGGAAGCAGCUGAGUUCUGAAGGCACUGUGAGGUUCUUUAACUCAGUGCGGCUUUGGGAUUUUAUCGAGAACCGAGAAACCCAGCAUGUCCCUAGCACGGAUGAUGUCGACGUGACAGAGCUUGGAGACCUCUUCAUGCAUCUUUCUGGAGUAGAAUCAUCAGAACCCUAGAAUCAGUGCUGACACUGAUUUCGGGCUCUGCGGUCACAACUUUCCAAGGCAGGGUGCGAAAGCCUCUGUCACUGAUACCUGGAUGUGAGUGUGGUAGCAAAUCCCCUUGGUCUCUUCAUGCUCCACUUUCACAGUCCUGGUGAAGGGAAGGACAUAAGAUAACCAAGUCCAUGGAAUCACUACGUUUAGAGUUGGGCUCUUAGUUGUACCUCCAGCCCCUUUACCGGGGACCAGCUAUGUGGUCCAGCUGUUUUAAUUGAUUGCUUUUAAAUGAAACCCAACUGCCAUCUUU